AUUUCAGUUAGACAAGUUCAUUACGCGUGCUCCGGAACGCAAAUGGCUUCAGUAUAACCUAGAAAAUAAAUAAUUUUAGUAAUACCUUUAAAAAUAACAAUGACAUUAUUAAAACAUUUUAUAUUUGGCUGGAUAUAUAAAAAUGAUCCUUUACUAAUUAGAAACUUAUUAAAAUCAAAUCCCCGAUGUUUUCAGACUACGAGUCGUCUUGAUAAUGGAGAGUACGAAUGGCAGGACCCUAAGUCCCCUGAUGAAAUAGUAAAUGUUGUUUUUGUAGAUAGAGAAGGAAAAGAAAACAAAAUAAAAGGGAAAGUUGGUGAUAACGUUUUAUAUUUAGCACACAGACAUAACAUUGAAAUGGAAGGAGCUUGUGAAGCUUCUCUAGCAUGUUCUACAUGUCAUGUUUACGUUGACCAUAAUUUCGCGGAUAAAUUGCCAGAAGCUACUGAAAAAGAGGAAGAUUUACUGGAUCUUGCUCCUUUUUUAAAAGAAAACUCGCGAUUAGGUUGUCAAAUAGUAUUAACAAAAGACCUUGAAGGAAUUAAAUUAGAGCUGCCGAAAGCUACCAGGAAUUUCUACGUUGAUGGUCACACACCAGCACCUCAUUAAUGGUUUUAAAAAUAUACGCUAAUUAUUUUAUUAAACAAAAUAUUUUGAAAAAAUUUUUAGAUCAAAAAAAUUUUUUAGAAUAUUUUAUUUAUU